GGACCUGCAUUGACAAUUAAAACUACUUGAAUCUUGCAGAAGGACCAACCACAUCCAACAGGAUUAACUGUGGACGAAAGAGGAAGCUGUCUAAUAGGGAUGCUAUGGUCUAAAACCAGGUGUUUCAGUCUAACACCUGUACAUUUCUUGAUAUAUUGGGCCCGAAUGGUUCCAAAAUUUCAGAAAAUUAAGGCAAAAUUUAAAAAAUUCUAAAUUAAAGGCAACAGAAGUCAUAAGUCAAAACUAAGAUAAUAAAAACUUAUUUAUUCAAGAUGGAAAAAAAAGCUUGAUUUUAAACCAGGCAAACACUCAGACCACAGAUCAGUUCUUUAAAGUCCUCCAGGGCCAGUUUAUUUGAGCUAACCGGAGCACCGGGUGAAAACGCACACAAACACAAGGAAAACAUACAAACCUGAUCUCCAAACCAGGGUUUGAACACUGGACCUCCUCUCUGUGAGGCAACAGUGCUGCUGAACUGUUCUCUACACUUCUUUUACUUUUGUCUCUCCUUACAGAUGCUGAUCCUCUAAUCUGAUCGUUCCUUCCACCCGAACACAGACUCAUCACCCUGAUUGGCUGUUCCUGCCUGCAGACACAGAUCCUUCAAUCUGAUUGGCCGUCUGACAUGGAGGUCGGCUCCCUCUACAACCAAAGCUCAGGGAGCUGCGCGGUGCCGUAUGCCGAGGGCCGCCUGCCACUGAUGGUUCUCUACAUCACCGUUCUGGUGGUCGGUCUUCCCGCCAACCUGCUGACUGUCUUCCUCACCUGGCAGCAGGUGCGCAGGAAGAACGUGCUCGGCAUUUACCUGUGGAGCCUGUCAAUGUGUGACCUGACCUACCUGUGCACGCUUCCUCUGUGGACGGACUACGUCAGCAGAGAUCAUGACUGGCGGUGGAGCUCGGCCGCCUGCAAACUGACGGGCUACAUCUUCUUCACCAACAUGUACGUCAGCAUCUUCCUGCUCUGUUGCGUCUCCUUCGACCGCUACGUGGCGGUGGUGUACAGCCUGGAGGCACGUGGCCUGAGGCGGCMGCGCUACGCCGUGCUCACCACCGUCGUCAUAGUCAUGGUGGUGGCCGUCGGCCAUGUUGCCGUCUUCACCAUGAAGGAGGGCGAAGCCGCGCAGGGCUCCGGCCGCUGCUUCGAGCCCAGUCAGACCAGCACCACGGUGAUGAGCCUGAACUACGCCCGCUUCGCCAUCGGCUUCCUGCUCCCGCUGCUGCUGCUGAUGGUGACGAAUCGCGGCAUCCUGGCCAAGGUGCAGCGCAGCGAGGGGCUGCAGCAGGUGCAGAAGCAGCGUGUCCGGGGGCUGGCGAUGGCCGUGGUGCUGCUGUUCCUGGUCUGCUUCGCUCCRUACCACCUGAUCCUGCUGACCCGGGCCGUCCUCUUCCAAGUCCCCCCGGCUAACGGUGACRCCUGUCUGUUCGAGAGGACUCUGUACACCCCCUACACCAUCUCCCUCGGCCUGUCCACCAUCAACAGYGCCAUCAACCCCAUCCUCUACGUCCUGUCCAGCAACAACAUCCGUAAGGAACUGUACCAAGGCUUCACACAGUUCUGCAGCUGGACGCCUUCGAACAGCAGCCAGAACCAGAUCCAGCCGUCAGACAAGUCCUUAGAGGUCUUUUCUGGGAUAGAAACUGAGAGACAAGCACCGGUCUAAGACCAGCCAAACAUCGGUCUAAUGGACUACUGAAUCCAGCAGCCCCGUUAAAGACACGAAAGACCAAACACUGAACUAAAGUGGACUACUGAAUCCAGAAGCUGGUCUUUGGAGUCUCACUGAAAGGUCCGAUGGUUUUUGCUGAGCUUCUUGAAAAUAUCCUGGUCUCAGUGAAGUUCCAACUUCUUUUGAAAAACCAUCAAAGGUUUGUCCCUUGAGUGUUCUGGGACAAGGAUCAGGUUCAGGUCCAGGAUGAAGACAGACAUUUAUCUUUCACUGAAAGUGGAGAUUGAAGAUGUUUGAACAAACUAAAAAAAUUAAUUUUUUUUAAAGAUUUUUCUGUUUUGUUUUUUAAUAUAAAUUAAAUACAACUUGUUUCCUUCCAAUCGACCAGAUUUUCUUGUGAUCUGUUAAAGUUCAUUAGCAGUCCUCCAGUUUUUGUAAAGUUUCUUCAUCCAGUUUCAGUUCUCGUGUUGAGUCAUAUUAACAGAACUGGUAAGUCAAGGGAUGAACCAGUGAAACUGGACAUUUCAGUAAGAAAACAAAAACAGAUGUAACUCCAAAACAUGAAUKCCUUAAUGUGGCGCUGUGGUUACUAAUCCUGUGCCAGGAUGGGCAUCAGAAACACCAAUAUGCAGAUCCAUGACUGGCUUGUCCCAUGGUUCGACAGCCCUACUGGAUCAAUUGUGGCUGAGUCCUAAAUCCAAUCUUUGAUGGACUUUGGUCCUUUUAUUUAAAAAAUAGAUGACUUUUAGACUCGUUUCCGGUGAGAGUUGGACUCCACCAAGGUUGUCCUUUGUCACCGAUUCUGUUCAUAAUUUUUAAGGACAGAAUUUUUAGGUGCAGUCAAGGUGUUGAGGGGAUCCUUUUGGUGACCUUAGGAUCACAUCUCUGCUUUUUGGGGAUGAUGUGGUCCUAUUGGCUUCAUCAGAUCGUGAUCUCAAGCUCUCACUGGACCGGUUUGCAGCCGAGUGUGAAGCUCCAGGAUGAGGAUCAGUGCCUCCAAAUCUGAGACCAUGGUCUUGAGCCSGAAACCGGUAAGGUGCCUUCUCUAGGUUGGGGAGGAGGUCRUGCCCCAAGUGGAGUGUAAGUAUCUCGGGGUCUUGAAUGUGGGGAAGAAUGGCGCGGGAGAUCGAUGGGGGCUUUGUACCGGUCUGUCGUGGUGAAGAGAGAGCUGAGACAGAAUGCGAAGCUCUCGAUUUACUGGUCGGUCUACGUUCC